AUGGAAUCAACUUGCGAAACAUCUGGUAUGGCGCCGAUCCCCGCCCCCGUCGAGGUGGAACAAGUAGCCGUCGCUCCCGGCGAUUUUAUGGGUUUCGGGGGUACGACUGGUGGCGGUGGCUCUCGGGCGCAAGGGGAGACGCCACUUGCGCAUACUUUGGUCGCGGGGGAUGAAGGGAUGGAGUACCUCGUUGGCGGGACGCGGAAGGAGUUUGACGUGUGUGUGUAUCCCCUCAAGAGUAAGAUUCUGCCUCGCGAUAUUGGCGGCGCGAGGGCGCUGGGCGAGUAUGGUGCGCUUUAUGAUGUUCCUGUGGCGGUGGCCGCGGAGAAGCCCAAGUAG